AUGAUUCGACAUAGUGUUGGAUUCACUUCAACGUUUAGCGGCGUAUUCAUCAUCGCCACCGUAGCCAGCUUCGGGUAUAUAUACAGUGAUAUCAAUAAUUUUUAUUACAAUGCUUUGGAAGACCUGAACGAAUUUAAGAUUUUUGCUGACGAUGCUUGGACGAAAAUGCUUUCCACCAACAAUCAACACACUCGUCUUCCUCGUCAAGUCCACUUCAACAGCGAUGUAGUCGUAUCUAACAACAUACCAGUAACUGGCUACAGAGUUUACACCUGCGAAGAAAUACCGGACAAUUGCCCGCCAGGGCCUCCUGGUCCACAAGGCAUUCUCGGUGAGCCAGGCAAUGAUGGUGAGUUUGGGCAACCGGGAAGAAAUGGAAAUAGUGAUACAUCCUGCAGUUAUAUUGGUUACGACACAUCGAGGUGUAUUUUGUGUCUGGCUGGAGAACGCGGACCCACUGGUCUGGUUGGACCCGAAGGACCUGCUGGUGUUCCAGGAAUGGACGGAGCACAUGGUCAAUCAGGGCAACAUGGAGCUCUCGGAGAACCGGGUUGCAGUGGAAAUGCUGGAGAGAAUGGUGAGCCUGGAGCUGUUGGUAAACCAGGUGCUAAUGGAGAGAAUGGGCAGCGUGGAAAAGGAAAUCCUGGGCCGCCUGGAGAGCCUGGUCUGCAGGGACCUCCGGGUAACCCUGGUGACAACGGUGACGACGGUAUUCCAGGAGCAAACGGUGAGAUUGGACUUCAAGGUUACAUGGGAAAUUUCGGAAGAGAUGCUCACGUUGGGUAUAACAGAGUGCAAUACGAAGUUGUUCUUGGGCAAGAGCUUACAUAUUGCCCAUGCCCUGAGAGAACCUCGGCAGUCGCCACCGGUGGUUUAAUGCAAAGUAAUGGCAGUGAACAGCAUCUUGGCUAUGGAACAAUAUGA